AUGUAUCUUCAUUUAUUCGCCGCCCUUUUAACAGUUGCUGUCAAUGGAUUCAGUUCAAAUGACUUUGCUGAGAAAUCCCUUGAGGAACAAUGGAGAGAAUAUAAAGAGAAAUUUGGAAAAUCAUAUGAAAAAGCCGAAGAUUUGAGAAGAAUGAGAGUUUUCGAGAGGAAAAUGAAGAGUAUCAACGAGCACAACGAGCAACACCAGAGAGGAAACUCUUCUUUCCAAAUUGGCUUCAAUCAAUUCUCCGAUUUGUUUCCAUCAGAGAUCGCAAUGCUCACCGCGAUGACGAUUCCCCCUGAUGGUCCACCAACUUGGGAGCUUCCAAUCGAUGUCAAGGAUAUGAAAAUCCCAGAUCACGUCGAUUGGAGAGAUCACGGCAUGGUGACUCCAGUAAAAUCUCAAGGAUUUUGUGGAUCUUGCUGGGCUUUCUCAGCAGUUGGAGCUCUCGAGGGACAACAUGCGAUCAAAUCUGGAAAGCUUGUUACGCUCUCUGAACAAAAUUUGAUUGACUGCUCUUUUCUCUAUGGUAAUCGGGGGUGCCGAGGAGGUUAUGUAGGAUGGGCCUACAAUUACAUCACGGCAAAUGGGGGAAUCGAUACGGCCGAGAGUUAUCCAUACAAAGCUAGGGUUCAACCAUGUCAUUUCAAUCGGAGUUCGAUUGGCGCUCAUGUUUAUGGAUGGGUUCCAUUGAGAAUGGGUGAUGAACAAGAGCUCAAAAAAGCCGUUGCCACCAUUGGCCCAGUCGCUGUCGGAAUUCACGCCUCACAAAGAAGUUUUGCGGCCUAUCAGAAAGGUGUCUACUUUGAGGAGAGAUGUAAAUCGAAUUUUUUCUCUAUCAAUCAUGGAGUCGUUGUCGUUGGAUAUGGAACCGAUCCCGUGCAAGGGGAUUAUUGGUUGAUAAAGAACAGUUAUGGUACGCGAUGGGGAGAGAAUGGAUACAUGAGAAUGGCUAGGAAUCGAGAGAAUCAUUGUGGAAUCUCCACUCGAGCCAUCAUUCCAGUUGUA